AUAUUUAACUUUAUUUUAUUCACACAAAAAAUAAUAAAUUAACAAAUAAAACGAAUAGUUUUGUGAAUUGGUCUCAUCUUUUGUUUCAGUUCCUUGGAGGGUGAUUUACAUCAGUAUCCCAUGUUGCACUGCUUUAUCAGGGGUUACAAGAUGGCGACACCCAUGCACAGAAUAAUUGCUCGUAGGCAGGCGGAGGCUAACAAACAGUAUGUCCGAUGUCAAAAAUGUUUAGAAUUUGGCCACUGGACGUACGAAUGUACUGGGAAGAGGAAGUAUCUACACAGACCCUCCAGAACUGUAGAAUUGAAGAAGAAAUUAAAGGAGAAUGAAAACAACUUGACAUCUAUGCCAGUACCAGGCAGUGAAGGGGCAAGUGAAAAGAAGACCAAGACAAAAAAGAAAAGAUCCAAGGAUUCGAGCAGCUCCAGCAGCAGCAGCAGCUCCAGUAGUUCGUCCAGUGACUCUUCAUCAGACAGUGAUUCUUCCUCCAGUUCCUCCUCGGACAGUGACGGUGAUGACAGCUCCUCCUCCUCCAGCUCCAGCAGCGACUCAGACUCCAGUGACAGCAGCUCCGACAGCGAGCCUCCCAAGAAAAGGAAGAAGAAGAAAUAAGAUGAAUGGUUUUGAUCCAGAUCAGAGUUCCAGCCCUGUUUUACUGCUCUGUUCAGACUGAUUUUUAUAAGUUUGUCAUGUAAAUAAAACCUAACACAAGUCUUGGAGCUUCUAGUGGCUUAAGUUGUCAGUAAGGGUUUGCUGAAAAGAGGUAUAGACCAGGUACAUUUAUAAACGUUUACUAGCGUGAUGAAGGGAUCUCAUAUUCCAAAAGGUAUAUCUUUUAGGAGUAAAAGUAUUUAUAGUAGAGUGUGUUAUUUCUUCAACAACAAUAUUACAUAUUUGACACGGUGACCUAAAAAACGAAACUUUACCUUUCAGUUAACCAUGUUUUACAGCUCUUUUAUGUGGACUGUUUCCAUUGUGUGUAUUUGAUCACAGGCAAGAUAAGGGGACCAGAGAUUUGCAUGUUUGUGAACUACAAGUUGGCUGUUCAAAUUAUUUUACAUGGCAGACAUUUUCAGGGUUUAAGAAAGUUAACAAUUAAUAAAUAUUUUUGUAAAUGACAACUUUUUUUUAUCAUAAUUCCAGAGUGUGCAUUUGCAUUUUAGUUUUUUCUUAUUUUUAUUGUAUAUAAUAGAAGCAUUAAACUUAUUUUUAAACCUA